AUGGUCGAUUUCUGCACCUCCAAACUGGGACGAAAAGUCGAGGCAGCUUCGACUGAGACAGAGAAGGAAACUCCAUUGCAGAACUACAAAAUUGUCGGGGUCAAGAAAUUGUCCGAGGAGAAAGCAGUAGUUUGCCACAAGCAGAAGUAUCCAUAUGCUGUUUUUUACUGCCACGAGACAGAAACCACCGUGUCUUACAAGGUGGCGAUGGUGGGGGACGACGGCACCAAGGUGAAAGCGGCUGCGGUUUGUCACAAGGAUACGGCGGCGUGGAACCCAAAACACUUGGCUUUUCAGGUGCUGAAGGUGAAACCAGGGACAGUUCCAGUCUGCCAUUUCCUUCCUCAGGAUCAUAUUGUGUGGGUUCCUAAAUAUUAG